CUACUCAUUGCCCGCGAUACUCGAGGAGUUCUUGCCCCCGACCUCCACCUCUUGCCCCGCGAGUCUCGAGGAGUUCUGUUCCCCCCCGCCAAUUGCCCCGCGAGACUCGAGGAGCUCCGUGCUCCGGCGCGCGGCCGUGGCUGGUGCGCGCGGCCCGGCGGUUUUGGAAGCGGGAGGAGGGAGCGGUAAUGGCGAUGGCCGGGACUUACGGCCCUGGCACGGAAAGUGUCGAGUGACCUCCCACCCCCUCGCCUACUCUCUUCCCAUGCCCUCCCCUCUCCCCGGUACUGAUACCUACUGAAGGCGCUGUGGUCUUUGGCAGGGCGGGGGAGGGGGGGAAGAGAGGUGUCGGACAUUUGUUUUUCUUUAUAAGUUGCAAGAAGGUACUUUCUUUUCUGAAGCGGUGACGGGAGUUCGGGACUCUUGGACAAAGUGGGACAAACCAGAUGGAGAGUUUCGAGCUGCCGAAGUAACCGCCGUCACUCUGGCGGCGUCUCGUCCAGAAGUUGUCUCUUGAACGCUUUGUUCAGUGGCGAAGCAGCCGAUGGUAACCUCCUGGGGACGUGCGCGCAGAGUUUGCCAGUAAUUCCCAUCAUAACACAGAGCCUAGUGGUCGGACAUUUGAUCUAACAUGAUGAAAGCCGAAGGUAAAGGUGAAAGGACGUUCAGGAGUGCUUCGCCCCACAGGAAUGCGUACAAGACGGAUUUUCAGGCUUUGAGAUGCACUUUUGAUGGAAGCAAACAGGAAACCAUUUCUAAAAUGGGUGCUCAGAAAACAAGCAGAGAGACUGGACACAGGGAAGAGAUGAGAGGAAGGCAUUUCGGUAAUCGUGUACAUAAAAUAAAAAGCAUGCUGCUACAAAUGGGCAACACACCAGAUGAAAUGAACGAAACCAGCAAGUCUGAUUUGCAUCCUGUUUUUGCGGAGAAACAAUCAAGUGGAGUUGUCUAUAACAGCGCCCAUAAGUCUUAUCAAAAGACAUCCAGUUCAGAUAAAACGAAUAGUGAAGAUGGGGAUUUGGACAAAACUAGCAUGGCUGAAAAGUUCUCAGAAACUAGAAGACUCUUUGAACGUCAAAUUGAGGAAAAGAUAUUUGAUAAAACUGCUCACAAAAACGAGAACAAAAUUUCAGUAGUUAGUGUUUCCUGCGAGAGUAGAAGGAGCGGCUCUUCAUCUUCAGAAAGUGGAAGCAGAAAAGUUAGGAGCGAAUUAAAUCCCACUGGUCUAUCCGACACCGAUUUGAGAGAUCGAAGUAAUCUGAAAACCACUAGCGAUUUAAAACAAAACCAACCUCGCUCAUCUCUAAACGCUGGCCCAAUUUCGAGACGAUUAGAAAGCUUUCUAGCGGAUAGUGAUAGCGAUGAAACAAACAAAGACACCAAAACAAAGACCUCUGCAACUGAGUAUCAGAUUUCUGGACGGCACCAAAUGCCGCCCAGCAACACCGUGAGUAGUAAAAGCACGUCCCCUGCAGGAGACGACGAGCAAUCGUCUCGUUCAAUUUCAGCAGAUCGACAGAAAAGUGAAGAUCAGAAGGAAGCAGAAAUACCGAUUUGUAGCAAUAAUCUCAGGACUUGUGAAAGUGAUUCCUGGGAAUCGGAUCAAUGUCAAAAAAAAUCCCCAAGUUUCUCGGAAUCAUCCUCCUCUCAUAAAGCUGUUCCUGUAAGCAGCAGUGUCUUAGACAAUAAUUUGGAUCGCCAUGUUUCACAUAUCGUUGCAAACAAAGUAGGAGUAGUUCGGGCGGAGUUGGUGGAAGUUCAGAACGAAUCUUCAGGAAGUGAAAUUGAAUUGGAUAAUGUUUUCAUUGAGAGGGGACUACAGAAAUCUGUGGAACCAUUUGCUCAGAGCAUUAGCCUUGAAGCAGGGCAGACGUAUAAAACUUGUGACAGCAAAGAACGGGAAGACCAAAUAUUUGAAGAAAUACUGAACAGAUCUGAUGACAGCGUAGGAGAGGAAGAAGAUGAGGAUAUUGAGAACAUCGAGGAGGAUGGAGUUAGUGAGAAGUUAUUUGUUGGAUCAGAGGUUUGUGGAAUAGAGAAUGCUGCAUUUGUGGAUGAUAAAGAUACUGAAGAAUCGUUACCAGAAGAAAAUGAACGCAAGUGUGAGGAUGAAUAUUUGUUUGAAGAGACUACUUAUACUCUUGAUGAUGAUUAUGAGGAAAUAUCUGGACUUUCUGAGGAAGAGGAUCCAAAUUUUCGCAGAAAAGUUCAUUUCUCCACAGCUCCAAUCAAGGUAUACAGUACCUACUCAAAUGAUGACUAUGAUAGACGUAAUGAGGAAGUUGACCCUGUGGCAGCAUCAGCGGAAUAUGAGUUGGAGAAGAGAGUGGAAAAAAUGGAUGUUUUUCCAGUUGAAAUUGAGAAGGGUGAAGGUGGUCUUGGAAUUAGUAUUAUUGGAAUGGGUGUUGGAGCAGAUCAAGGGCUUGAAAAGCUGGGGAUUUUUGUGAAGACUAUCACAGAAGGUGGAGCAGCAUAUAGAGAUAAACGAAUUCACGUCAAUGAUCAGAUAGUUGAAGUGGAUGGAGUUAGUUUGGUUGGUGUCACGCAAAUCUUUGCAGCUACUGUAUUGAAGAACACUAGAGGCAUUGUUAGAUUCCGUAUUGGUCGAGAAAAACCUGGACAACAGAGUGAGGUUGCUCGUCUUAUCAGUGAAACUUUGGAACAGGAAAGAUGCCAGGAGGCACUGUUGGAGCAGCAAUAUAGUACCAGUGAUAAUGAGCAGUCUGAAGAGUUUCCUGAAGAUGAAGGAACAAUUUCAAACGAAGUUGGAGUUGAAGUGACAGUUGAAGUUGCUCAGCAAACUGAAAAUGAAAAUGUACACUUGCCAUCAGACAUGGAUUCACUCCUUGCUCUUAAAUUGAAAGAGCUUGAAACUAAGAAUGCCAUAACUGCAGCAGAACUCAGUGAAUUGACAGAAAGGCUGAAAAUUGCUGAAGCAGAGAAACUUAAAUGGGAAACUACAAAGAUGCAGCUUCAGCAAAGUGUUGAAGAGAAUAAAGAGAAAAUGCAAAAGGUGGAAAAGUAUUGGUUAGAAGCGCAAAAUCUUUGCAAAAUGGUAAAUGAGCACUUGAAAGAGACCCAGUCUCAGUAUGAUGUUUUGGAGAAGAAAUAUAACAAAGCUAAGAAACUGAUAAAGGAAUACCAACAGAAAGAGAUUGAAUUCAUUAAAAAGGAAGAAGAUUACAGAAAAGUUCUGGAAGAUCAAGAAAAAGAACAUGCAAAACAGCUGAAAGCCCUACAUGAUCAGAUACUAGAACUGAAAAAUGAACUGCAUUCCACGGGACAGAUGCCUCCAUUACAUAGCAACAGUACGCUGGACAAAACGGAGCUGGAAUUUGAGAGUCAAGAGCAGAUUGAAGAUAUUUGUAGUAAAGAGGAAGAUGACACAAAUCAAUCUCCUAAAACUGCUUUGGAACGGGAAUGUAGCAGCACUUUCAAAAUCUGUGAUUUUGAUGAGGCUGUUCCUGAAACUAAGAGACUAGAUACAAGUUCACACAAAGCAAAAGCCCAACUUGCUUUGAAAGUUAAAAGACAGCCUCCAUCUAGGUUUAAACUAAAGGAAUCCUUUGGAGCUGGUGAUGAUUUUGAAAGUAUACAGGAUAAUGAUGAAAGUGAAGAAACUCAGCAAGCAGAAUCCUUAAUUGUCCGGAGUAGCUUGGACUCUUUACAUGCUGUUGAAGAUACAUCAGUUCCUAAGAUGAAAGAUGAAGCAUUAGAAGGAAAAUGUGAUGCGGAGAGCAUAACCAGCUUGCAUGAUGGAAGCUCAUCUGCAUCUCCUUGUUCCUCUCCAGUUCAUAAGAUAGUUGAGAGCGAUGUAAGCAUAAAACAUUCAACUACUAGAGACACAGCACCUUCAAGUUCUCCCACAUCAUUUCUUUCAAUGAUGAAGAAACGUGAAUCAAAAGGCAAAGGAAAAGAGACUAAUGAAGACAAGAGGAGUGAAGAAGGAUCGUCCCAUGGGGUUGAAAGUACAUCAGGAAAACUUAAAAGAAGAUUUCCUGAUUUUGGUGGAUUAAGAAAAUCUGGUGGAAAAGGCAAGAAAUUAGAUAAAGAAGAUCGUAGAACCUCUCUGGGUAGCAGGGGAUCAAAAGAAAUGCUUGAGAGCUCAGGUGGUAACCUUUCUGCUGCAGAUUCAGUCUCAUCCAUACCAACUUGCAUGCCCUUUUCUUGGUUUGGUGAUAGUCGUAAGGAGGCAGUCUCUUCCAACAGCAGCCUUCAUUCACCUCCAAGUUCACACGACAUCUUUUGUGAAGAGGACAAGGAGACACCUGGCAGUAAAGUACCUGAUCAAGCAAUGACAGGGAAACAGAACCAAUGGCAAAAUCGAGCAGUUUCUCAAUGGACAACCCAACAAGUCUGUCAUUGGCUGAUGGGAAUGAAUUUAGAGCAAUACACAACAGAAUUUGUUUCUAAAAAUAUUGAUGGAGAACAACUAAUGCAACUAGAUAGCAGUAGACUUAAGACUUUAGGUGUUGCCAGUCAAAAUGAUCGUGCCACCAUAAAGAAAAAACUUAAAGAAAUGAAGAAAGCACAAGAAAAGGUGGAAAAACAAAGAGAGAAGGUUCAAAAGAAGGAAAAGGAUCAGCAGAGGAAAGCUGAAAUCCGGUUUGACAUGCGAGAUCCUGAGUGCUAUUUUUGGUUGUUACCUGAUUCCACGUAUGGAUAUGCAAAAACCAGAGGACUGUGUUGCUGCAUGCUGCCAUCCAGUGACUCAACUCAAGAUGGAACAUCCAUGAGGUGCUGUGGGUCAUCAACAGCAGAAGAAUCAUACUCCUGCACACAAUCUGUAACCUCAUGGCCUGGCAUAUGCCCUACUCAACCAAUGCCAUCAAGCCAGGGAUCAACCUUGAUUCAAUGGAGAGUGCAGGAGGGCAUGCCAAGAGCAGCAUAAGAUGGGGUGUCAACCUGGUGAAGCCACCAAACAGGACUACCUGCACACCAAACAGCACAAGCAGCAAGUGAUAGACAGAGCUAAGCGAUCCCUGCAAUCAAUGAUCAGAUCUAUGCUCUGCAGUCCUACCACAUCCAGUCGUGAAUGAUGGUGGACAUCCACAAAUAUCCCCAUCCUCAAUGAUGGAAUAGUCCAGCACAUCAGAAUGUUUUGCAGCAAGCUUCAGUCAGACAUGCUAAGCGGACUAUCUAUCUCGGCCUCCUCCACUGGUUCCCAGCAUUACAGAUACCGGUCUUCAGCCAAUUUGAUUCACUCCACGUGAUAUCAAAAAGGGUUGGAGACUCUGGAUGCUGCAAAGGCUGCAGCUCCUGAUGGCAGUCCGGUAAUAGUACUGAAGACUUGUGAUCCAGAACCUGCCACUCCCCUAGCCAAACUGUUCCUGUACAGUUACAACACUGGUAUCUCCUGAACAAUGUGGUAAAUUGCCCAAGUAUGUACUGUACACAAAAAGGAGGACAAAUCCAACUCAUCCAAUUCUGCUCUCGAUCAUCAGUUAUGUGAUGGAAGGUAUCAUCGACAGUGCAAUCAAGCAGCACAUGUUAAAUGACACCCAGUUUAGGUUCCACCAGGGCCACUCAGCUCCUGAUCUCAUUAUAGCCUUGGUUCAAACAUGGACAAAAGAGCUGAAUUCUAGAGGUGAGGUAAGAGUGACAGCCCUUGGCAUCAAGGCUGAAUCUGACCGAGUAUGGCUUCAAGAAGCCUUGGCAAAAUUGGAAUCAAUGGGUUUCAGGGGGCAAACACUGUAGCAGUUGGAGUCAUACCUGACACAUAAGAAGAUGGCACUGGUUGUUAGAGGCCAAUCAUCUCAGCUCCAGGACAUCUCUGCAGGAGUUCCUGAGGGUAGUGUCCUAGGCACAACCACCUUAAGCUGCUUCAAUGACCUUCCCUCCAUCACAAGGUCAGAAAUGGGGAUGUUUCACUGAUGACUGCACAAUUCGCAACUCCUCAGAUACUGAAGCAGCCUGUGUUCAAAUGCAACAAGAUCUGGACAAUAUACAAGCUUGGGCUGACAAGUGACAGGUAACAUUCGUGCCACACAAAUGCCUGCCUAUGGCCAUCACAAAUAAGAGACAAUCUAACCACUGCCCCUUGACAUUCAGUGGUGUUACCUUUUCCAAAUCCCCCACUGUGAACAUCGUGGGUGUUAUCAUUGACCGAAAACUCAACUGGACUCAAUACAUAACAUGGUGAGUGGGUCACAGGCUAGAAAUACUGCAGUGAGUAACUUACCUGCUGACUCCUCAAAGCCUAUCCACUAUCUACAAGGCACAAGUCAGGACUGCGAUGGAAGUCUCUCCGCCUGCCUGGAUGAGUGCAGCCCCAACAACACUCAGGAAGCUUCGAGAAUUCCCAGAGUGUGGAAACAGGGCCAAUCAGCCCAACAAGUCCACACCGACCCUCCGAUGAGCAUCCCACCCAGAUCCAUCGCCUUACCCUAUCCCUGUAACCUUGCAUUUCCCAUGGCUAAUGCAUCUAACCUACACAUCCCUGAACAGCAUAGCCGAACCACCUAACGUGCACAUCUUUGGCCUGUGGGAAGAAACCAGAGCACCCAGAGGAAGCCCAAAGACAUGGGGAGAACGUACAAAUUCCACACAGACAGUUGCCUGAGGCUGGAUUCGAACCCAGGUCCCUGGUAUUGUUAGGCAGCACUGCUAACCAUUGAGCCAGUGUGCCAUCCCAUCCUUGGGGCAGCCCGCUUGAUUGGCACUACAUCCACUCCUUCCACCACCACUGUAGAAGCAGCAGUUUGAACUAUCUACAAAAUGCACUGCUAAAACUCAAAAGAUCCUCAAACUGCACCUUCCAAACCCACUACCAUUUCCAUCUAAAAGGACAACAGCAACAGAUAAAUGGGAACACAACCAUCUUCACGUUCCCUUCCAACCACUCACCAUCCUGACUUGAAAAUAUAAUGCCAUUGCUUCACUGUUGCUGCGUCAAGAUCCUGGAAUUCCCUACCUAACAUCAUUGUCAGUCAACCCACAGCAGGUGGCCUGCAGCGGUUCAAGAAGGCAACUCACCACCACCACCUCAAGGUCAAUUAGGGAUGGGCAAUAAAUGCUGGCCAGCCAGUGAUGCUGACAUUUGCAAAAACUUCUUUUUAAAAAACCCUACACCCCAAUGUAAUAGUUGCCAUAUUAAAUUUGUAAACAUUGCCUUUCAGAGAGAAGGGUGCUAUGGACACAGCCAAUUCCUGCUACAUUCUCAUAGCAACACCCUGACUGAUCAGAAUUGAAUUGCCUGGUUUGAGUUUUUAUCCGUUAACUGUGUUAUUGCAUUUCAUGCUAGGAUUAGUCAAAUCAAACAGUAACCACUUCUCGUGCUGCAUGCGUUGUUGCUUCUGGUUGGUUUUCUUGCUUUUUGUUCCUGAUGACUACAAAACAUUUCAAUGUUUUGUGUCUUUUUAGCAAUGUUUAAGCUUUGCUGUACCAAGAAACUAAUGUAAAUAAUUGCGAUAAGGAAUGCCCUGUGUGGCAACAUACCUCAGAGGAAGUGACUAGCAACGAUUGAAUCAUACUGCAGCAAAGAGAAGCAAAAACUAGAAGAAAAACAUUUAUUUGUGGAAUUAUGUGAAGUGUUAGAUCACAUAUUAAACUGGAAUAAAGUUAAAUUUCUUAAUAUGUAUUUUGAAUGCAGAUCUAUGAAAUGAUAAGACACAUGCAAAAAAUUAAAAGUAUCUGCAUAAUAAUUACUGCCUUUUUGAACCUAAACCAACUUUCAAAACCUUACUCUUUCUCAAGAAGACCCUGUGCUGAAACUAAUCAGUGCUGUCUUACCAUGCCUUUUACAUGAGAUACAUAAUAAAUGUAAGACUAUAUUUUGUUCUGUUUCAGAAAAAAUGUCCAUUAACUGAAAUCACAAGCUAGUAAGAAAUUAUAGAAAGACAGAAACUGAAGAUACUUGAGAAUGUGAUAUUUUCAGUCAAUUUUACUUGGGGAAAGGAUGUGUAGAAUAUUUCAAGCCAAUCAACUUUUGAAAAUUCUUUUUCAUUUCUGAAGAAGAGUCCAUACCCGAAAUGUCAGCUUUCCAGCUCCUCUGAUGCUGCCGGACCUGCUGUCUUCAUCCAGCUCCACACCUUGUUAACUUCUGAAAAUGAACUUUUAGUACUUGUAAUGAAACUGUGCCCAACUG